AUGGCUCUUUUACCCCCAACAAGCGACGCGGACAUCGCUGCAGCCGCUGAGACGACUGAAAGUCUUUCGACAAAUCCAGAACGGGCAAUCUCCCUCUCCGAUCUACGAGGCUCAACCGGCAUUUCUCCAACACUCUGGUACAGGAUCCACGUGUUGCUCUUCGAUCUCAGGCACUACAGCGAACGUGCCGAUUCAAAAGAACGCCUGGAAUGUGUUAUCGAUCCGUCCUAUAUCGGACCACCCUACAUCGAGCCCGAAGAGGCAGAGAGGAUAAAGAACACGGUCAUACACGACGGAAAGAAACUCUCGCAAGUUAUCGAAGAGUUCCUGGCAGGGCGGCUGAAUCGACGGACGAAGAAACGCGUCGACAGCGGGGAUUUUCGGGUCUGUGCCGCGCACGAUCUUGCGCCCGUCUUGGAGAAGACGUUGGGAAUUGAUUCGAAGCAGCUGGCGCGAGAUAAGGACGUCCUUCGCUUGCUUGAGACUGGUGGUUUGGAAUUAGGGGAUCAACAAUGGGAUGGACUACCGACUAAGUCGUUCGCGCCGAAGGAUUGCACAUUAUGUACCGCACGUCCAACUUAUGAAGAAGAAAGGUUGGAGAAGGAAUGA